AGAAGCGGCCGCUAGCACCUAGCUAGCUACUGUAAACAAAGCUCGUCCACAAACAGCUGAGAUCAAAGCGAGGAGAGAUGAAGGAAAUAAACCUGAACUGAGACUCGUGUUAUCUUUGAAUGUGUUUUUCCUUUGAUCUGUGGAAACCAGCGGAGUUGACGCUCUGUUAGCAUUAGCUCCAGCUAGCUUAGCUCCAGCGUCUCACCCUCGGACCUGAGCGGGGCUCCGGCUCGUCUGUGCCCGGGUGUCAUGAGCCGGACGGCGGCCUGACGGGACCACGAUGGCCGCAGAGCUGUUCCCCGGGAAGAAGCUGCUCCCUCCGGCCUCCGUCAGCCACCUCCACCGGCAGAACGAGAGCAACAACAACAACCUCCACCCGGGAGCUGCGAGCUGCUGCACCUGGCAGGGCCUGUACCCGACGGUCCGGGAGAGAAACUCUGUGAUGUUCAACAAUGAGACGAUGGCGGACGUUCACUUCGUGGUGGGGCCGGCGGGGGGGACGCAGCGGGUCCCGGGUCACAAGUACGUGCUGGCGGUCGGCAGCUCCGUGUUCCACGCCAUGUUCUACGGGGAACUGGCCGAGGACCAGGAGGAGAUCCGGAUCCCGGACGUGGAGCCCCCGUCCUUCCUCGCCAUGAUGAAGUACAUCUACUGUGACGAGAUCGACCUCUGCGCCGACACGGUGCUCGCCACUCUCUACGCCGCCAAGAAGUACAUCGUGCCUCACCUGGCCCGAGCCUGCGUCAACUUCCUGGAGACGAGCCUGAGCGCCAAGAACGCCUGCGUGCUGCUGUCUCAGAGCUGCCUGUUCGAGGAGCCCGACCUGACGCAGCGCUGCUGGGAGGUGAUCGACGCGCAGGCCGAGCUCGCGCUGCGCUCAGACGGCUUCUGCGACAUCGACUCUCAGACGCUGGAGAGCAUCCUGCGGCGAGAAACGCUCAACGCCAAAGAGAUGGUGGUGUUCGACGCGGCGCUGAACUGGGCCGAGGCCGAGUGCCAACGACAAGAUCUGGCACCGACCAUCGAGAACAAGCGUCGGGUGUUGGGGAAGGCCAUCUACCUGAUCCGCAUCCCCAGCAUGGCGCUGGAGGACUUCGCCAACGGAGCCGCCCAGUCCGAUGUGCUCACGCUCAACGAGACCAACGACCUCUUCCUUUGGUUCACCGCCGCCAAGAAGCCGGACCUCUUGUUCUGCGCCAAACCUCGUAAAGGCCUGGCGUCGCAGCGCUGUCACCGCUUCCAGUCCUGCGCCUACCGGAGCAACCAGUGGCGCUACCGGGGCCGCUGCGACAGCAUCCAGUUCGCCGUGGACAAGCGGGUUUUUAUCGCUGGUUUUGGUUUGUACGGCUCCAGUUGCGGCUCGGCCGAGUACAGCGCCAAAAUCGAGCUGAAGCGUCAGGGCGUGCCGACGGCCCAGAGGAUCAUCAAGUACUUCUCCGACGGCUCCAGCAGCACCUUCACCGUCUGGUUCGAGUACCCGGUGCAAAUCGAGCCGGACACCUUCUACACCGCCAGCGUGGUGCUGGACGGCAACGAGCUCAGCUACUUCGGGCAGGAGGGCAUGACGGAGGUGCAGUGCGGCAAAGUGACCUUCCAGUUCCAGUGCUCGUCAGACAGCACCAACGGCACCGGGGUGCAGGGGGGGCAGAUCCCCGAGCUCAUCUUCUACGCCUGAGCCCGAGGAGCCGGAACACCGCGGACAUUCCUGCUUCACUGCCACAAUGACUUUUAUUUUGAAGUUCUCAGGAAGCUGCUGAAGGGGGGGGGG